GGUUAAUUCUGGUGCUCAGCGGUGAAAGUGAGGUAAAAAAUUGCAUAUAUUUAUUACAAGAUACGAAAACAGACAAUAAACCUGAAACUGAAAGAUGCGUAAUGAUUUGAAUAAUAUGCGGUGUUCUGCUCACCAGCUGGAAUUGGACGCUUGUGCAAAUUUCUUCUCAACCCCACGUGCCUAAUCACCUCUCCCCUCUCAACCACUCCCAUUGGAGAUUCCUAUGCAUUUAACCUUUUUCCUUUUCUUUUUUCUUCUUGGUCUAUUCACCCUUCUCUAACCCUUUUCUUCUAUAAAUUCCCCUUUCAAUACCCUCAAUAACCUCUUCUCUUCUCUUCCCCCUCUGUACGUUUAGGAUUUCUUGUUUUUCUAGCUCUUUCAGUAAGGGCUGCGGUUCUGCUGGUUUCUUCUCAGAAACUGUUUGUUCUUCAGUUUUCUUUCUUUCGUUCCCUGGUGCCCUCCUUUUGUGGGUUUGUCUGGCUCCUUUCUGUGUUUAUCUUGCUGUUGAAUCUUUGAGUUGAAACCCAUAAAGUCAAAAGCUUCAAAGUACCCUCCAUUCCACAGCUGAGAGAUCUCUCUGGCUGUUGUCUGCCAAACGCAAAACCUCUCUCUCUCUCUCUCUCUCUCUCUCUCUCUAAAUCUUGAUGCUGCAUAUUUUUAUCUUAAUGUUUGAGAUUCAUGUCGUCUCCAGUUCUCAGUGAAAUCCUCCGUUCGGGGUUUAUGAUCAAUUCCUCUCUCAGGCGCAGGACCCAUCUCGUUCAAUCUUUCUCAGUUGUGUUCCUUUAUUGGUUCUACGUGUUUUCAUGAAUAAUCUUUCUCAGUAGUAUAUCACUUACAUAUAUAAUAGCUAAUAUUAAUUGCCCAGAAAAUAUUAGUGGCUGGGUCCUGCGUUUAGAUUUUAAGUCCCUAAGGUAAGAUCAAGAUAAAAGAUCUCAGUUUUAUUGAGAUAGUUAGUAUUAAUUUCGGUGUAAUAUAUAUAUCUAUCUCUCUCUAUGGCAUCCUCCAGUGGAAAUUCAUCAGGAUCCUCUCUGCUUCACAACUCUGGCUCUGACGAGGACGUCCAGCACUUGAUGGAUCAAAGAAAAAGGAAGAGAAUGCAAUCCAACAGAGAAUCUGCAAGGAGAUCCAGGCAGAAAAAACAGCAGCACCUGGAUAAGUUGAUGUCCCAAGUGACAGAGCUAAAGAAAGACAAUAACCAACUCCUUACAAGCAUCAAUAUCACCACUCAACAUUACUUGAAUGUUGAGGCUGAGAACUCCAUUUUAAGGGCACAGAUGAUGGAACUUAGCCAAAGACUUGAAUCCCUAAAUGAGAUCCUCAAUUAUAUCAACACUAGCAAUGGGGUUUUUGAAACUGAAGAUCUCCAAAUAAGUGCUGUUGCUGCUGCUGCUGCUGCUGAUACCUUCAUGAAUCCACUAAAUUUGAUCUAUCUUAAUAACCACCCCAUCAUGGCUUCUCCAGAUUUCUUUCGGUAUUGAGAGGAUUCAAAGCUUUAUGGUUGUCUUUUUCUUCUUUAUUUUAUUGGUGGUGUCUGUCCAUGGUCUUAAUUAUGAGAGGACAUGGGGAGUAAAAAAAAAAUCUGGUCUUUCUCCCUAACCCUUAAGUAGCUACUAGUAUGAUGCAAUAUGUCUAUGAGAGAGUGGUAGAAGAAGAAGAAAAGGUAGAUGGAAAAUGAUGAUUUGAGCUUUGGCUUGUAAUGUGUCACUAUAAUUAUGGUGUGAAAAGGAUCUAGAUGUAUUUGGUCUCUCUGCUACCGUAUUAAUAUGUAGUAAUGGUUUUCUCAUAA